AUGACCAAAAUUGCAAUCAACGGAUUCGGAAGAAUCGGAAGACUUGUCUUGAGAAUCGCUCUCCAAAGAUCCUCACUCGAGGUUGUGGCCAUUAACGACCCUUUCAUCGGCCCGGACUACGCCGCGUACAUGCUGAAGUACGAUUCGACCCAUGGACGCUACCCAGGCAAAGUGUCAAGCGAGGGCAAGACCUUGGUGGUUGACGGCCAUAAGAUUGCCGUUUACCAGGAAAGAGACCCUUCGCAACUCCCAUGGGGUAAACUGGGCAUUGACAUCGUGAUCGACUCCACUGGUGUUUUCAAGGAAUUGGACUCUGCGCAAAAGCACAUCGACGCUGGUGCCAAGAAAGUCGUUAUCACGGCUCCUUCUAGUACUGCCCCAAUGUACGUUAUUGGCGUCAACGACAAGAACUACAAGGGUGAAAAGAUUGUCUCGAACGCUUCGUGCACUACCAACGCUUUGGCUCCUUUGGCUAAGAUCAUCAACGAUGAGUUUGGUUUAGAAGAGGGUCUCAUGACCACCGUGCACUCUCUAACGGCCACGCAGAAAACUGUGGACGGUCCUUCUCACAAGGACUGGAGAGGCGGUAGAACUGCUUCUGGUAACAUCAUUCCAUCGUCUACAGGUGCCGCAAAGGCCGUAGGUAAAGUGUUGCCUGAAUUGCAAGGAAAACUGACUGGUAUGUCCAUCAGAGUUCCAACCGUGGACGUUUCGGUCGUCGACUUGACUGUCAAGUUGGCCAAGCCCACUACUUACGAUGAAAUUAAAGCCGCCCUGAAGAAGGCUUCUGAAGGCAAGUACAAAGGCGUUAUGGGCUACACUGAGGACUCUGUGGUUUCCACCGAUUUCUUGGGCGACACUCAUUCUUCCAUCUUUGACGCUAGCGCAGGUAUUAUGCUGUCACCAAAGUUUGUUAAGUUGGUGUCUUGGUAUGACAACGAAUUCGGAUACUCUAACAGAGUCAUUGACUUGGUCGAGCGUGUGGCCAAAGCUUAA